UGGGAAUUGUAGUUCUUCACACUGCCUUGCGUUAAGCUUAGAAGAAGCGCGUGGAAGUUGAAGUGAAAGUCCGUGUGCGUUCAACCACACAAUUCCUCGCGUUUUGCGUUUAUGAACCUGCAAACAGCUGCUGUAAUUUCCACAUAGAUGUGCGAGAAACCUAUUUUGUGUGAGACAAAGUCCUCGGGCGGGAAUAUGGAUUCUGUACAUUGCUGGAAUGGAGCAAAAGGUGACCAGAUACCCACUAGGACUAGACCCAUGUCAGAAACCUUAUCUAAACUGGCCCAACUGAUCACUUGCAUCGAGUACAAACCAAAACAACAGCGGUCUUCCUUUAUCUGCAAAGAGUGCGGCGACAAAUUCUCCGACCAGAAGAGUCUUGAGUGUCACCAGAAAAGAGAGCACGCCCUGCAAAAGCUCCACGGCUGUCAACACUGUGGCCAAAAAUUUGCUUUGCUCUCUAGUUUGCAGCUACACAAAUGCUCUCACGCCUCAUCCAUGUGCCAGACAUGCAUGGGGAAACCUCAGAGGGGUUCUUCUUGCCCUUCCUGCGGGACAGAAUCUUCAGAAGAUCCCUUCUAUCAUGACAAUAGCCCCUAUGCGUGCGCUCCAUGCGGACAAGCCUUCAGCCACAAGCAAGAGCUGCUGCACCACCAGCAGGCCGGAGGCUGUCAGCCCGCCCAGACUCUCAAACCUCCUCCACCUUCAAAUGCCUCCUUGCCUCCGUCUCCUCCAAGCGUUAACUCAUCUCCUACCACAUGCACUUUGUGCCACAAAACGUUCCGUUCUUCUGCUGGACUUGGUUGCCACAUGCGCUUUUCCGAUGCGCACAUGAAAAGCAGCUCAGAGAUGAAAACAGAUGGCAUUGUAAGUACACUGAGGAAGAAGAGGAAGAAGAAGAAGAAGGACGAGGAGGAGACUGAUACGGGGGACGAGGGGGAGGAAGACGAAGUUCUCAUCUCAAGUACAUCAUUUCCAUGCCGUUCCUGUGACAAAUCAUUUCCUAAGACAUCACUCCUCCACCAGCACAGGAAAGAGGAACACCGGCGGGAGAUAAAGGUGAGGAAACUGCAGCGAACCUCUUUGAAGACCACCAGGCAAAGACGGAAAGGUGAAACAUAUCCAUGCCUCCAUUGUGGAAAAGAGUUCCUGCACCAUCUGACGCGUCGGGCGCAUUUUAGACACUACAGCUCUCACCAUCAGACCCACCUCGAGCUGAGUAGCAAAUCAUCCGCCGCUGGCGCAACCAGGUUCCACCCAAAGGCAGCUAAGGAGCUCAGACCUACCCUAGGAAAAAGACCAAGAGGUAGACCUAGGACCAAGAAUCUACCGGUUUUGAUGGAAACCAAGCAAACGGAAGAAGAGGAAACGGAUGAGCUGGAUGAUAGUGAUGAAGACGAGGAUGCCGAGUAUCCUUGUACUUCAUGCGACCAGGUCUUUAGCUCCAAAGCUAAGCUGCAUGUGCAUGAGAAAGUCCAUGAGGAGUUCCCUGAGGAAGUCCCAGAGGAACGCCCUCCACCAGCCGACACGUGCAGGAGUUGUAGUGUGUGUACAGGUGGGAUUCCCCUCGCUGAGAUUCCUGAAGAUUGUGAAAAAGUCUAUCACUGUGUGCCUUGUGCCGAGGCGUUCAUAGCCCUGAAUGCUUUUCUCGAGCACUGCCAGACGCAUCUGAUACGUGAACAUGAAGAUGAAUUCAGUGAUAAUUAAAAGAGCUUCCUUUUUUUUUUUUUAAGGAAUUGUUCACUCAAAAAAAAAACAAAAUCUAAUUUUCUCACCAUCAUAUUCUAAUCAUGUUAACUGUUAGUAUUUUUUUUUUACAAAACAUACUUGUUUUUUUUUUUAAGAACAAUUGCAUACAUUAGACAAAAACCACCUUAAAAGUGCUUCUGAAAAAAAGUGAAUAUUCUUUGCAUUUUUGUGUAUGCAUAUACAUAUAAUUAUGGAAUUGAAAUUAUUUGGUGAACUAUUCCUUUAAGAAUGAAAUCUUUGGAAUCAUUUACUCACUCUAAUGUCGUGGAACACAAAAGAAAAACAUUGGUAACCAAAACGUUUCGAUUCCCAUUGAUUUCCAUUAUAUAUUUGUCCAUUUAAUGGAAGUCAAUUUCAACUAAAACUAUUACAGACAUUUUUCAAAUUAUCAUCUUGUAUGUUCCACAUAAACAUGCUGACAUAAGGGCGAGUAAAUGAUGACAGGGUUUAUGUUUUUGGGUGAACCUUUAAGGGCAGGAAAAUCAGUCUGCAGAUGUUCAGGCUAUCAGAAAUACAUUCAUCAGGCAUUUUUGGUUUUGGUAAACUGUCUGAAUAUUAAUACGCUUUUUUACAGGUCUUGAUUUCUGUGGUUCGUGAGGUAUAAUGUUGUUUACAGGGAUACUCACUUCCACCAAUCUGAGCCAAACUGCCAGAAAAAUAAUAGAGGCCUUUGAUAAGAUCGACAAGCCAGAUACGGGUACCUAAUGAAAACCACUUCAACUCAGUGCAUGUUUCUGCUUCAGGUCAAUGUUCUCCGUACCUCUAUACCCGUGUAGAAGUCAUAUCCAUUAUGUUACUGUGAGAAUAUGGUGAAUUUAAUAUUUUGACAUAAACAUACGUGUUUUCGAGAUGGCCAGUGCCUUGCUGAAACACAAAACCUGCUUUAUGUAUGUGCUGCUGCUUGUGAUCUUUCAAGUUGGAGGAUAUAAUAUCUUUGUAUCUGCUAGAUUCGGCUACUGAAGUGUUUCAGCUUGUUUUAUUAUAUAGCAUUUUACUUACAUUGAGAAGUUUGUGUUUCCUAAACUAAAUGAAACAAAGUAAGCCUUAUUCUUAUAAAGUUGUAGAAGCUUUACAGAUAGUAGCAUGCCUUAUAUGCAUUAUAUUCUAUGCUAUCAGACCAAAUAUUGCUAGUUUAAUUUCAUAACUUUCUUACUAGACUGGAUGAGUGAAUCAUGUGAUAAUAUGAAAACUCAGAUUAGGUGACUAACAAGUCCAUUUUAUUGUUUAAUUUGUAUAUCAGGGGUCCUUAACCUUUAAUAAUCUUCAUUUGUUUCUGAUGUUUUAUAUAACAUUGCUAACAUUUUCAUUUUUUUUCAGCUUUGUUUUUUUGCACUGACUUUUUUUUUUUUGUCUUUGAACACUGUGUAAAUUUCACUUUAUGAUUCAAAUUUUAAAUGAUGUGGUGCAAAAGUGUAAGUGCAAAUAUAACUAUAUCCCCCAUUAAUCUAAUAGUUUAUUAAGAAUAUAUACUGGAGGCUUUUUAAAUUUAGUUUUCAACAUUACUGUCUGGGUGUGUUUACCGUACUUGCGGCUACCUCCAGUAUCACCUGCUUUGUCCCAAGAUGUGAUUUUUUUUUUUCUUUGGAAGAAUAUUUGUCAGAAAACUUACCUCAUGUUACACGUUGCAUUGGCAUUGUUUUUGAAUAAAUUGUUUAAAAAGG